GUGUGGGUAGCGGGGCUCUGGCAGGUAGGUGAUGUGCUGCUGGAGGAAUUGUUGGAGCCCAGCCCUGCUGGAAGUGCCAGCAGCUGGCUCCUGGACCAGCUGAGAUGAGCCCUGGCCACGUGGAGCCUUCUGCUGAGCCUCCUAAGAAUCAAAGCGCUGCUCCUCUGGGUGUGCUGCUGCCUUUUAUAAGAUGGGAUUAAAGAGAGAAGUCUUGCAGCCGCUGCGUGCUUGGAGCUGUUACCACAAGCAGAGUGAGUACCACCCUGGGCCCUAUGGAAAUCUCGGGCAGGCUCUGGCUGCCCUGUUACUGGUAUGACUGGAUUUGAGGCUGUGAAUAGAGGCUGCUGCUUUCCUGGGUGCUGCUGCUGCUCCUCCCUCUGAAGCAAGUUUCCCCCUGCAGGGAAUGGGGGCUGGAAUAGGAAACCCUCACCCAGAAAACCCCGAGCUGUUCCUUGGUGGGUGAGCCCCAUUCCCUCCUCCCCAGCAUGCUGCAAACCCCGUGCAGAGAGCUGAGGGCUGGUAAAAGUGUCCCCUGGCACGUUUUCCUCCUGUGUGCGGGGUCUGGACUGUUUCACCCAGCCUGGUUUUGUUGGGAGCUGGUGCCAGGGCUGUGCGGGUGCCUGCUGGGGCUGACCCAGCUGUAAACGGUGUCCUGAAGACCACAAGGUGCUGGCAUCCCGCUGGUCUCACCUGCCCUGAGAAACCUUAGAAAUAAAGGUGAGGAAAUGCGAUUCCUUAUACAUGAUACAAGAGGCUGAGGUCGUUUGCAUGCUUUUAAUUAGAAGUGCUCCAGAACAAAGGGCUGUGCAGGCUGGGAGUGGGACUAGCACAAACUGGAGCUGCUGUAAAUCAUCCUGUCCUCCUGUUUUUACCCCUCCAGUAGCCUCGUGGAUGCCGCUGUGCUUGCACCGUCGCCUGGAGUUUUGUGUUCCCUGGUGCUGCAGCCAGGCAGGUCCCCGCCUGGCCAGGAGCUGUGGUUAAAUCUGUAAGUCAGCACAGGCAUUGCAAAAGAGAGAGGGUUUGGGAUUUACAUUUUCUUUCCCAUUAAAGGAUAAGCACCUUAAAGGAUCAGCACCUUAAUUAAAGGAGAGAGCUGCACCUCUGGUUAGCUGUAAGACCGGUGACUUUAAAUACAGACACAAGCUAAAUCCCUCCCCUGUGAAAUGGAGAAAAGCAAACCUACACACUUGAAAUAUGCCUAGCGCAUGGAAAACAGAAAUUAAAAUCUCUGAAGAAAUGCUGUUACAGACCCUGGAAGUUAAAUAAAGCUGUGUGUCGGUUAAAUAACCCACCCCCUGCUUUAUUUUGCUCGUUUUGCAGAGUGCAGAGUCCUCGGGCAGGGUUUGGCCGGGAGCUCCCCGCUCCGUAGCGAGCUGCUGUUUGUGUUUGGUGCCCUGUGCUCGUUCAAACACCGCUGUCCUUCGUGCCAGCCAACUGCAGCCCCCGCCGUAGCUCCAGCGUUGUGUUGUGGCGGAGAUAAGGCCCUGCCUGCCCCUUGGCAGGAUGCCCUCGCUCUGAAGCAACAUCUCUCUCCUUCGUGCAGUGCCUGAGCAGACACACUUGGGUGGACUCUGGACUGCAGGCAGCACAGGGAGAACCUCUGCAGGGCUUUGCCCCUCGCUGUCCCGUGUCACCCGAAUCCUCUCUGGGAUCCAUUGUGAAGUGUUCUCAGUCCUCACUGCAGCCUGUGCUGUGAGCCCCAGAAGCAGAGCCCCUCAGAGGGCUCGUUACAAGUUUUUAAAUGUAAAUUGUUGUUUGUUAGCAGCUCAGGAACUGCAGAGCACUGGCCGGGUUUCGCUUCCUUUUUGCUCAGGAGCAGUUCAUGCAAAGUGCUGGCUAUUCUUACACGCAGUUAAGGAAGAGGGAUCUGUCACAAGCUGUCCGGGGUGCCUGCACUGUGUUUGGGGAAGGUUGGGAGGUCAAAAUCGCAGCCCGAGCUGCUGCUGCUUCUCCCCUCUGACCACCAGGUCUAAGAUUUGGGGGCAUGGAGGAGCUGAGCGACCCCAGAGAUCAGCCAACAGCCACAGUGCCUCGCUGCAAGAGGAGCCAGGGCCCAGGUGAUGUUCUCCUCUUUGAGUCCGUUUGUUCCCAGAUUAUCUGGGUGCCUGGAGCAGGAACAGUUCCUGAGGGAUCUGGGCCCCGUGGGCUGAACUUGGAGGUGGCGAAUUGGGGCUGUGGCUGCCACGGGCCUGGGGAGGAGGAGGAGGAAGGCAACCUCCCUUUGGUGCCUCCCAUAAAUCCUGCUCCUCUCAAAUGUUUCAACCAGGUAAUGCAUGCUGGGUUUGGGUGCUAGAGGCCAUGGCUGAUGUGCUUUGCAUUUCUUGAAGUGGGUGAAGGGAGCAGCAGCGUUAGAAUUGGAAGUGCUCCGGGGUUUGAAAUGAAAACAACACAAAAACAUCCAUGGGUCCUUUGCAGCACGUGGAAGAUUCAGCCCAGACACUCAGAUUUUGGAGACCUCUCCAUCAGUGGUAACUUUCCCUCUCUCAACCUGCAUCCAUGGCCCAAAUACUGACUUUUUUUUUGCUUCCCAGGCUGGCACAGGCACUCCGAGGCAGCGAGGCCAGCCUCUCCCUGCAGCCUGGUUUGGAGCCCUGCCCGUCAGCAGGGCACGAACAUCUGCGUGAGGCUCCGUGUCCCCUCCUGCGCCCGCCUGCUCUCCAGUUCCUACUUGCACGAACUUGUGGGUGGCUGCCUUAGACGAGGUGUUGGUUUCAGAUUUAUUUAUGCCCGUUUGAGCCCUUGAUAUUUUUAAACUCGUAUAACAGGCCUUCCACUCCUGCUCCGUCCCAAAGACACGUUUGUGCAUCUCCAGCCCUCUGGCUCGCGGCCAUACAGCCUUGAGCCUGCCAGCUCCUUGGGGCUGCUCUCCCCUCUGGUAUUUACAUGGGCCUCAGCCCAGAAAGGGCUUCUGCGGGCUGGGAAAGUGAACUGGCAAGUAGCAACAGAUGGCGAUGGUAUCAGCUCCCUCAGCCACGUCUGCACCUGGUCCCAGCGGUGGCGAAGUGAUUUGCAAAGGAGAAACGCAUCUGGAGAGGUGACUGAGGGCACCUCGAGCCCUGACCUCCAUCCCGUGGGCAGGCUGAGCUCCAGAGGAGUGGAUCUCCUUAUUUACCAUUUGUUUGCAGACUGGGUUGUUAUUUUUCUCAUUUUCUGUUAUAUCCUGGUGUGUGCUGGGCAUUUUGGGACCUUCCCUGGGAAGCCCAGCGGUGCUGAGGGGUCAGCCCUGCCUCCACAUCUCCGUGCCCCAGGCAGACCUGUGGGACAAGGGGACUCCCUCCACCUCCUGUCCCAUCGCAGCCUGAAAGCAUCCUACAGCUGCACCCAAAUCUGUGACUCUGACCCUCCCCUCAUCACGGGCCGGUCAGUGCUGAAGCCAUAAGACAAUCAGGCUUAAUUAAAUAACGAGAAGCUUUAAGGGUCCGUGGGGCUAAGAAAUGGCACCCAGUGCCUUUCCAAGAGGCUGAUUAAUUGGGAAAAUCACUGAAAUCACAACCUAGAAAUUGAGGUGACAGCCCCCACACCCAGGGCUUGAACUGCCUGGCCUCCUGAUGCUGGGGAGCACCCCUCAAGCCCCCCCUCUGCAUCCCCCGAGGAAUUUGGCUCGUGCAAAUUUAGUUCAGCGCUAAGUGCCUGCUGCCUGUGCCCCCCCCCCUUCUGUCUGUCUGUCUGUCCGUCCUGUUCCCAGGGCAGGGGAAGCGGAGGCGCUGGGUGGAAGUGCAUCACGGGGACACGCCACAGAAAAAGGGAAUCGGAGCUGCUCUUACUCACGGCUGUCGUUACCAGAAGGGCCGCCUGAAUUCCGGCUCGGAAAAUAAACCUGUCUCCAGAAACAGCCGCUCCUGUCGCUUGGUGUUAAAACCGAGGUGGGUGGGGAGCAGAUCCCAGUCCUGGCACGGGUUUCUCAGCCUCUUGUCCCCGUCCCCUUCCCGUUUUCCUCUGGAGCAUCCCGUGCUGUCUGGGUGCCGCUGGGAGCACAGCUCGGGGUGUUCCUCCUCCCCGGCUCUGUCCCUAUUUUUGCUUUUGCUGGGGUUCUGCCUGUGCCAGCAGAGCCCAGCAAGCCCUGCUGCCUCAGAUUUUGCUCCAGCCUCACCUUCAGGCUUGAUUUUUCCAGCCCUGGGGGUGCUGGCCCUGACCCAGCCCCGUUCCCAGCACUGGCAGUGACACCAGCAGUGACACUGGUGCUGCGGGAAGGAACUGGUGUGGGGCAGGCAGGCUCAUGGCCAUGUCCCCCUCCUUAAGGGAACCUGCAGGUCCCGUGCCAAAUUUCGUGGCUUUGUCCCUGGUUCAGCCUCCUGGAUGUCCGAAGGAUGCAGGGAGCUGGUGCAGGUCCCUGGGGUUGCUCGGGCUCCUCAGCACAAUAUUUUGGGGAGCCCGGGUCCCAUUUAGGGUGGGCUGUAGGGGCCCGGGGGAUGCUCGGCCCUCCGGGAAGGGGAGAGGGCAGAGGUAAAAAUAACCCCCUGGGCUGGCUCCGGUCCUUGUGGCUUCCUGCAAUUUACAGCCCUUCCCGGGGGAAGAGGAGGCAGGAACCUGCCUGGCUCCGAGCUGGCUUUGACCCUUUCGACACCGACAGAGGAGGCUCCGGGACCUUUCCUCGCUGCGGGGACCCUGGGGAAGGGGGGAUCGCGGGGGGCUCCUGCUCUGGAGCUGGGCUCAGCAGUCUCCAGGGCAGGUGGAAGGGGAAAAGGCUGGUGGGGUGGGUGAGCUUCCACCCUCCUGCUCCUCAUACAAAGGGUGUGAGGGGUGGACAGGGUGGGCACCAUCCUAAAAGGAGGCAGAGAUUGCUGCUACCAGCCCCCGAGGGGCAGAGGGUGGUGGGGAGCCCGGCCCUAAAUCAGGAUCCCAUAGGGAGGCAAAAAGGGCUGGAGAGGAGCUGGGGCUGCAGGAGGAGAGGGGUUAAUGCCGGCUGUGCGGGGUUUGGGGUGCACAGGCUGUGGGAACAGGGACCCCAACGCCAGCGGGGUGCUGGCACGCGGCCGUGCUGACGGGGCUGGGCCGGGAGGGGUUAAUGGGGUGGCUCUUCCUCCCCCUCUAUAUGAGGCUCCUGCGGCUCUGGGCUCAGUUUGCUGCUGGCGGCUGCGGGGACAGGAGCAGCGGAGACCAACACGGAGCCACCCCUGACCCCUGCGAGGGCCCAGGGCCGUAGCUGAAUCCAGGAGCCCAGCAGCCUUUUGGGGUCCCCGUCCCACCCGGAGCCAACUGGGGGCCACCAGGCGAUGGUCCCCCUGGGCAGCUCCCCCCGAGCACCGUGCUCCCCCGGCGUCUCCCCCCUGCGCCUGCUGAACCGGGGCCCCGAAUACCUGCGGGAGCAGGUGGCGGGGGGCAGCGGGGGCCGCACGCCCAGCGCCGUGGAGCGGCUGGAGGCCGACAAAGCCAAAUACGUCAAAUCGCAGCAGGUCAUCAACAGCCGGCAGGAGCCGGCGCUGCGGGGCUGCUCGCCUCGCUUCUCCCCCCGUGGCCGGCGCCUGCUCGCCCUCCACGAGCUCUGCCAGGGCUCGGAGCUGAGCCGCGACGGCCCCCGCAAGCCGCCGUGCCCCCAAUCCCCCGUGCUGAGGAGGGGAGGAAGCGGCAAGCGCCUGCUGAGGCCCGACUCGCUCAUCAUUUACCGGCAGAAACGGGACUGCCCGGUCACCAACAAGGAGAACAAGGGCUACGGGCUGGUCAGGCGCCUCUUCCAGGGGCCGCUCAGGGACAAGCCCCCCAGCUCCCCCCCAGCCCGAGGGCUCCCCGACAGCCCCAUGCUGUGGGUGCCCACGGAGCGAGAGGAGCCGAGGACGCCGGGCACCGCCACCACCACCAGCAGAAACAGCAGUGGCAGUAACAGCUUCCAGCUGCCCGGCAGCCCCGUGGCGCAGCCCCCCGAAGCCCCCAGCCCGGCCCAGACCCCCGCUUCUUCCCCCGGCCCUACAAAGCCAACACUGGGGCUGCGCCUGUCACUGCCGCUGUCGGAGCAGGAGCGCUUCUUCAACUACUGCGGGCUGGACCGGGCGCUGGUGGAGGGCCUGGGGCAGGAGCGCUUCGUGCCGGCGGGCUGGGACAACGCCUCCUCGGCCAAAUUCCCCGGUUCCUGCGAGUGGGAGCCCAGCCAGGCCUCGGGGGGCAGCGGGGAGGACGCUGGGCCGGGCGAGGAGGAGCAGGACGCCCGGCUCUGCUCCGCCGUGUCGGUGGUGGAGCGCAACGCCCGCGUCAUCAAGUGGCUCUACGGCUGCCAGCGAGCCUGGGCGGCCGCCAAGGAGUCCAUGGUGUGAAAUCAGGAGCCCCCCCAAAGGGGGUCGGGGUGGCAGGACGCGGCCCCUUGCCCGGGCUGGAGGAGGCCAGCACCCCGCGGGUGUCCUCGGCCCCAGCACUGUGGGGCUGCUGCUGGCCGGCAGGGACAGCGGGGCUGCCCCUUGGG